UUUGGAGCCACAGAAAACAAUUACAACCCAUGAAGCAAGAAUUCACUGGCCAAAUUCCUCACACAUACAUCAGUUUCUUUAAUUUCAAGCCACAUGCACCGCCGUUCAUCCACACUACUGUGAUUGUCUGCAACUGAUUAUCUAUUUAUUUUCUCUGUGUUGGAAUUUUGAACUUUGAGGGAGGCAGCCAUGGAAGCUCUGAGGCCUUGUUGUAUUGUCCCAGCAAGGCUUCCUACAGCCUCAUAUGAGAAACCCAUGUUGCAUCUUCCAUUUAGAUCGGUACCCACUUCGAUUUUCCCACCGAUUCGUCAAUGUACUGCAAGAUCCAGGGUUGUCACGGCUGUUUCGUCCACUGUUUCGACUGAACCCGUGAACCCAGUUGAGCCAGAGGUCCAGAGUCACAGCCAGGAAGAGAAGUUCAAUUGGCUGUUGCAGUGGUAUCCUGUUAUGCCUGUGUGUGACCUUGACAAGAGGAUUCCACAUGCCAAGAAGGUGAUCGGUCUUGAUGUGGUGGUGUGGUGGGACAGGAAUGAAAAUGCUUGGAAGGUGUUUGAUGACAUGUGUCCUCAUAGGCUGGCUCCACUGUCUGAAGGGAGGAUUGAUCAGUGGGGCAGGUUGCAGUGUGUCUACCAUGGUUGGUGUUUCAAUGGCUCAGGUGACUGCAAAUUCAUUCCACAGGCCCCACCAGAUGGUCCUCCGGUUCACACAUUCAAGAAAGCAUGUGUAUCUGUUUAUCCAAGUACUGUGCAGAAUGACAUUGUCUGGUUUUGGCCAAAUACGGAUCCUCGAUACAAAGACAUUCUUAUGAAGAACAAGCCUCCCUACAUCCCAGAAUUGGAUGACCCCUCAUAUACCAGGUUAAUGGGUAACAGAGAUAUUCCAUACGGGUACGAGGUUCUGAUUGAAAAUCUAAUGGACCCUGCUCAUGUUCCCUAUGCACAUUAUGGAAUAAUGAAAGUGCCAUCCCAGAAAAAAACAGUUAAGGCUGACAGAGAAGGGGGCAGACCGUUGGAAAUGAAAAUACAGAAAUUAGAUCGCAGUGGUUUCAUUGGAAAGCAAGAGGGGGGUACUAGCAAAUUCAUACCACCUUGUGUGUUUUAUUUUUCUAGCGAUCUUUUCAUAGAUAAAACUAAUGGCUCUGCAUCAUCAGUGGAAACCAAAAAGGAGGUGCAACGAAGGAUGCUUCUGAUUUUUAUUUGCAUUCCAGUUAGUCCGGGUAAUAGCAGACUGAUAUGGACCUUUCCAAGAAAUUUUGGAGUUUGGAUUGACCGAGUGGUUCCCCGAUGGAUGUUUCAUGUGGGACAGAACCUCAUUCUAGAUUCCGACUUGUAUCUUCUUCAUGUGGAGGAGCGCAAGAUAAUGGAUAUUGGCCCUUCCAACUGGCAAAAAGCUUGUUUUGUGCCAACAAAGUCAGAUGCCUGUGUGGUUGGCUUCAGAAAGUGGUUAAACAAGUAUGCAGGGGGUCAAGUUGACUGGGGAACCAAGUUCAGUGGAGCUCUUCCCCCAACUCCUCCUAAAGAGCAGCUAAUGGACAGGUACUGGUCUCAUGUGGUGAACUGCAGCAGUUGCAGAGUGGCAAUCAAAGGUCUGAAUGCGCUCGAGGUUGUCUUACAAGUCAUCUCAGUUGCUUCAAUUGGGAUCGUUGCUGCAACUAAGCAAAGCCUGAUGUCGGUUGCUGCUAGAACUGCCUUGGUCUCCAUGGCAGUCAUAUGCUUUGCUGCUUCAAGGUGGUUGUCUCACUUCAUCUACAAAAUCUUCCACUUCCAUGACUACAACCAUGCUCUUAGAUGAAACCGGUACUUUCUAUUGUGUAGCUUUUGAACCCCCAAGUUCUGGGUUUGCAUAGAUAGGGCUUCUUUCCAUAUACAUGUACAGGAUAGUUAUAUUCAGCCAGCAGAGUAAGAAUGAACAAGUUGCUAAGUUUUCAAUGGUUCUUCUA